CUAUUUUCGCUUCUGCGUUUCGUCACAACAUGGCGACGCGCUCAGACGCCAGGCUCGCUUUAAAUACUGAAAACACACAGGUGACUGAAAAAAUGGAGGCUGAUGUCAUCGGGGUCUGCGGCAUAGAGGCCCGGGGACUUGUUGAAGGAAGCAGUUCCCCUGCCGAUGUAGGGACUCCAUCCCAGAAUAGCGAGGAGGAUUUUGUGGGGCGGGUGAGCGGUGAGGAGAGAGGGGAGACACCCGGAAGGGAGGAUAUCAACCCUGAAGAGCUGGAUCCUUGUGUUGAGAAAACCAUGGAACAAAAAGCUGGCAAAGAAGUUCUGUUGCUGAUGCAGGCGCUUCAUGCUUUGGCCACUCCAGAAGAGAAACUUGCAGCCCUUUGUAAGAAAUAUGCUGACCUGCUGGAGGAGAGCCGCAGCAUGCAGAAACAGGUGAAGGUGUUGCAGAAGAAGCAGAACCAGGUGCUCAAAGAUAAGAUUCACCUGCAGAGCGAGCACAGCAAGGCCGUCCUGGCACGCAGCAAGCUGGAGAGUCUAUGCAGAGAACUUCAACGUCAUAACAAGACCCUGAAGGAGGAGAACGCUCAGAGGUUUAGGGAGUACGAGGAGCGGCGCAAAGAGGCGACGCUGCACUUCCAGAUGACGCUCAACGAGAUCGAGGCCCAGAUGGAGCAGCAUAACUCUUACAACAGCAAACUGCGGCAGGAGAACAUGGAGCUGGCCGAGAAACUCAAGAAACUCAUCGAGCAGUACGAGCUGCGGGAGGAGCAUAUCGACAAGGUGUUCAAACAUAAGGAACUUCAGCAGCAGCUGGUGGAUGCUAAACUCCAACGGACGGUCGAGCUGAUGCGAGAGGUGGAGGAGAAACAGCAGAGAGAACGAGAGUUUCUCCUAAAAGACGCAACCGAGUCCAGACAUAAAUGUGAGCUGAUGAAAGAGCAGGAACACCAGCUGAAGCAGCAGCUCACUCUCUACAUGGACAAGUUUGAGGAGUUUCAGACCACCCUUGCCAAGAGCAAUGAGGUCUUCACCACAUUCCGGCAAGAGAUGGAGAAAAUGACAAAGAAGAUCAAGAAGCUUGAGAAAGAGACCACUCUAUGGAGGACCAAAUGGGAGACCAACAACCAGACUCUACUGCAGAUGGCAGAAGAGAAAACGGUGCGAGAUAACAAUUACAAAGCCCUCCAAGGCAAGCUAGACCGUCUGGAGAAGCUUUGCAGGGCCCUGCAGAGAGAACGCAAUGACCUGAACCAGAAACUCAAGUCCAUCCAGGGUGCAACUAAAGAUCCGGAGGAGGAAGGUACGGGUCCUCCCGACCCCCAGCCGGAGGACCACCCCAAUCAACCCUCAAACACAGAGAUGGAGAGAGAGGUGGAAGGAGAAAUGGAGGCUUUGGUGCAUGAAACAGAGGAACUCAGACUUCAGUCUGAGGUGGAGGGCACCACGCCAUCAACACAACUCAUUGUCGACUGAGCCUGGCCUUCUGGUGGCCUUUCUUUUUUUUUCUGGAGGUAUAUAUAUUUUUGUCUAACAAUUAUCAUAACAAAAUUUGUGAUGAAAAAUCAGGACAUUAGUGAAGAAGCUAACUGCUCUGUACGUUGUUAAUCAGCUUUGUGGCGAGCACUUUUUACUCCCUGUUUUUUAUCACAUUGUAUUUUCGUAGGAAAUGGUCAUGCGGUCCAAAAUGGCCACCAUGCAGAUUUGCUGUCUUUCUUUUCUCAUUCUCUUAGGUCCUUCCCUGCUCUGCUGUGCUAUCGUUGCACAUUUUUCGUUUCUCUUUAAUAAAAUGUAGCUCCUGGCACUGACCUCUAGGAUCAGAAUAAAUAAUUUUGUAUGCAUUUAACGUUGAAUAUCGCUAUUUUGAAAUAACUAAUAACUGUAUGUAGUGAAGAAGCCAGUCCAGCUCGAAAUGUCUUAUUAACCUUGAGACUUGAGUCAUAGGGCUUUAAUACAAAUACUCACCUGCUCUUUGGCAUAUUGAGUCUGAGCCAGGAAGGGUCCUUAACAUGUCACACUUGCUUUGAUUAAAAUGCACUUUUUAAAAUGCAAGUUUAAAGGGAUAGUUCACCCAAAAAUGAAAAUUUUGUCACCAUUUUCUCUCCCUUAUGUCAUUUUAAACCUGUAUGACUUUCUUUCUGUGCUGAACCCAAAAGAAGAUAUUUGGAAGAAUGUUGGUAACCGAACAACGGCGGUACCCAUUCACAUCUAUUGUAUGGACACAAAACCAGUGCAAAUCAAUGGGUACCGCUGUUGUUCGGUUACCAACAUUCUUCAAAAUAUCUUCUUUUCAGAAAGUCAUAAAGGUUUGAAAUGACAAGAGAGUGGGUAAAUGGUGACAGAAUUUUCAUUUUUGGAAGAACUAUCAUUUUAAAGAAGAUCCAUGACUUGUUAAUGAAGAGAGGGGUCAAGUAUCCAAGCUUCAUCGGAGUCUCGUAACUGCGAACUAAGAAUCUGAUAAAUGGCUUGUGUGACUUUGAAACGGCUGCUACAUAUUAAACCUUUGUGAAAUAAUAGUACAGGGUCAAACCGCGUGUCACUUCCUGUAGGACUGAGUAUAUCUGCAGUUUAAGGACUUUUUGCAUGCAUUCAUAAGGGGACAUUAGUUAGAAGAGAUGAAGGGAACGGCAUCUUCGCCAGCAGAUCUUUACCAACCCAUGAUUUAAAAUGACAAAUGCAUUGCUUGCAAUUGAAAAAGAAAAAUCCCCUUUUUUAUUUCCUGACAUCUUGAUUUAUCAUUCUAAAACUCUCGUUGAUACUUUAACUUUGUUGUUUUGAGACAUUAUUGUAUAUUUAAAACAAAUGGUGAGAGUUAGAACCGGAUGCUGUUGUUUUUGGGAGCCCUCGAUUAUUUUUGAUCACAGCUGUUUUAAUUCAGUUUCUUGGUAAUUUGUCUGAAACUUAUUUUUCUUCAGUUGGUAUAAUUUGAGCAGGUUUUCACAUGUUGACUGGUAAGAAUAUUCCCUCCUUUACCAGGCCACAAACCUGAAAUUCUUAUUUUAAAAAGGGGCUUUUGAUACUGGAUUGAAUGUGAUUUAAUUUUUUGGACUUUAAAUAAGAAUAAAAUGUCUGUAAUUCAAGAUGUACAUGCAGUUGCAUACAUUGUCACUUUAGUUAACAAUAUGAAAGUAUACAUGGAGAACUAAACCAAUGAAUGUACAAAUGCAUAUUACUAAUGUCAGUUGCCGAUUUUAUGUCUAAAAAGCCUCGUAGCCCUUUAAGAUCGGUUUAUAUGGCAUGGGCACACAGGGUCACUCCUCAGGUCCAAAGAUCAACGUCUGGCUUUACGCAUGUGCUGAUCUGAACCUCUGACACGGGCCAGUACAUUCCUAAGUGGUGAAUCCAAGAAAAUCUAUUUUUCAUUUGACAUGUUGAACAUAUAGUAAAAUGAUAGUAAAAAAAUCUGUUAAACUGCAAUUCAUUUUCUGAAUUAGAUGUAACGCGCGUUACCAUUUUUUGUCAUCAAAGAACAAAAAACGAGCAAUGAUAUCAAGUUGUUUCAUUGUUCAUGUGUAAGAGCUGAUAAAACACAAAGGAUGACUUUCACCAGCUUUCAUCGCUGCAGUGUUUUUGUAUUGUAAAAUCCCUUCCCCAAAAUCUGGAUAAAAAUGUAUUUUUACAUCGAAGCACUUGAUGUUUGUUUUGAAAUUCUGUUUAUGUAACACUUUCACAAUCUUUCAGAUUUUUAUUUAUUCUGCAUAAGAGGUCAGUUCUUUAAAAACAUAUCAAUACUGUAAACAUCUCUAAUUGGGAUUCAGUUCAUUCUGAAUUUGUAAAGUAUUGGUACUGUCAUUUGUAUCGCUUCUGCUUCUGUUGUUUAUUUUGGCCAUGUUCCCGUUUGAUUCUCAGGUUAUGCAAGAAAUCUACCUCUGUAGGUAAGACAUACUGUGAAAGACGCUCGAGAGCUUUUCUUUCUCCCCCGGCUCAGCCCAGGACUCUUCUAAGAAUGUACCAAUGCUCUUGUACUUCUGUCUUGCUUUUCAAUAAAAUAUUUUGUAGAAUUUUC